GGCUCCCGGCGCUGUCCUCCCCUCGGGGUUUGUCUUCCCCCCCGGCCUUGUCUUCCCUCCUAGUCCUACUCCCGGUCAGUAUGAGCAGCUGGCUGUGAGCCCCAGCGAGGCCGACGAAAUCAACCAGCAGCAGCAGGUAAGUGCCUAUGAUCGCGGCGAAUGGGCCAUGAGAAUAUCUCGAUAGGAUUUCUGACAACCCUUCCACAGGAACAUGGUGCAGAUCCUCAGCACUUUGGGGGAUAUGGCCCGACCACGGUGGAAACGCUCGAAUUCCAUCAUAGCUCUCUUCACUCUGAGUUGGAUCGGCUGAAACAGACCUUCGCCUACGACGGCCAAAUGAAGUUGGCUUUCGAGAUGACGAUGGCCCCCCAAAUUGCCGCAAUGGUGAGCGAAGCUGCAAGGAUGAUGGCCAACUUCCACGUCGAAGCCCAGAACGGGCGAUAUGCCGCUGAGGGUCAAGCCCAAGGCCAGCAAGGUCCCGGAUUUGGACCACCUCCGGAGUUUGGGCCCUCUGAGAUCAUAAACGAUGGGGCAACUGGAGCGACGGGUGGGCAACUGUCUCAGGAACAGGUGCAGCCUAUUCCUGGCGUGGACAACGUGGAUUUUGAGUUUGAGUCUGUUCUUAAGUCUAUGCUUCAAUAAAAGACCCAAGUGCUCGGCCGGUCAGCCCACUAGUCCCACUCGUGAUGAAUCCCUAGUGCCUGACCUUGGUCAUGGUCACGGCAGUAUCUCAUUUUCAAGAAUAAAGUUGCCGACCGGGGCAACUUGAUCUCCCUUUGUGGAGAGAUGUCGUGUGGAAGCCGAUACUAACUGACGAUGAUGAAGAGGGGAGUAACUCUGAGCACACUGGUGACGUUCAUCACUGACAUCGGGCCGCCAAAAAGUCAAUGAUCAUCCCAUUCCCCAAAGCCCUUUCUUGUUAGUGCGGUGAACCAGACAUCAAAAGUUGCG